AAUAAGUUAGCAAAAGCGUAAUUUAUUAAUUAAUUGGAUUAAAAUCUGAUGAGGAGCACCAGCUUUCGUCAUUCCUGUGUACUGUAGUACUGCGUAGCGCGAUACAACCUGCCGCAAAAUAAACACCCUUAGUGAAUUUCCUUUAAAAAGUUGCGAAAUCUUGUCAAAUCUGACUAUUUAAAUAUGUACUGUUUACGUAGCAAAUUGGUGGCAAGUCGUGGAGCUUUGCAUAUACAACACAGACUGCUCCUUUCGGGUCAAAUUCAACUAUCCGCUUCAGAUCGUGCUUCAAGAGCAAUUUCUAGCCAUUUACAUAAAUAUCCAAAUAUUUCGCGAAAAUUUAUUUCAACCGAAACGGUAAAUACUGAAAAACCAACAGUGUCUUCCAAAUUUGGGAGAAAAGUAGUUAUCGCGUCCUCUUUAAUUAUAGGUGCAACUACAAUUUUCGCAAUUUUAAAUCAUAAACAUGCAGAAGCUGAAAAUAAUAAGCAAGAAAGCAAAAAGUUUCCGAGUUCUUUGAAAAGAGGUGGUCCAAAAAAUUUGCUGGUUGCUGAUCAUUUGAUAGAUGAAGAUGAUUCCGAUAUUAAUAAACCACGAUUAGUUAUUCUUGGCUCUGGUUGGGGGGCUAUAUCAGUCAUAAAGGCAUUGGAGAGAGACAAGUAUCACAUUACAUUAGUAUCGCCGCAACCCCUUCUUCCUUCUGCAACCGUAGGCACACUUGAAACUAGGUCAAUUUUAGAACCUAUUCGAAGUCUUAUUAAAGGCAUAUCAGCACAUUUUCUUGAGGCUAAAGCUACAGACAUUUGCAUUAAUGAAAAAUUAGUUGAGCUGAGUCCAGAUUCAGGCGAACCAUUUUAUUUACCAUAUGAUAAACUUGUGAUUGCCGUAGGGUCUUUGUCAAUUACUUAUGGAAUUGAAGGAAUUGAACAUUGUCACUUUUUAAAAUCAAUAAACGAUGCCCGCAGGAUAAGGAAAAAAAUUAUGGACAAUUUUGAAAAGGCAUCCUUACCAACAACCUCACCAGAAGAAAAAAAAAGGCUUUUAAGUUUCAUUGUUUGUGGAGGCGGUGUUGAAUUUGCAGCAGAAUUAUAUGACUUUUUAACAGAAGAUGUUGUUAGAUAUUUUCCGUUAAUCCUUAGGAAUGAAGUGCGCGUUAGCAUUAUUCAGGGCCAAGACCAUAUUUUGAAUACAUAUGAUGCGAAAAUUAGUGAUUUUGCUGAGAAAAAAUUCAGGCGAGACAAUAUUAAUGUUAUAACAAAUGCAAGAGUUCAAAAAAUAGAACCCAAUCAUAUUGUGUAUAAAAUGAAAGAUGGAGAAGUAAAAGAGCAUGAUUAUGGAUUAGUAUUAUGGUCUACUGGAAUUGCUAUGAAUCCAUUAACAAAAACAAUAUCGGAAAAAUUAGAAGAUCAGAAAAAUACACGUGCUCUUAUUACGGAUAAUAGGCUCCGUCUUAAGGGAGUGCCUGACUCUUCGGUGUAUGCGAUAGGAGAUUGUUCAACCAUUGAAAACCCAAAACUGGUUAAUCAAUUGAUGCAAUUUUUUGUUGAUGCGGAUGAAGAUAAGAAUGGACGUUUGAGUUAUAAUGAAUUUCAGGUUUUAGCCAAAAAAAUUAGUAGGCGUUAUCCUAUUACAAAAAGCCAUUUGAAAAAAGCUGACAUUCUGUUUGCAAGUUAUGAUAAAGACAAGAGUGGUACAAUUGAAUUAGAAGAAUUAAAUGCCAUGUUGGAAGAUAUUGACAAAAAACUGACAUCUUUACCAGCGACUGCACAAGUAGCCCAUCAACAAGGUAAGUAUUUAGGUAAGAAAUUAAAUCAAAUUGCAGCAGCACAUAACGCAAAAAUAUACCCACCUUCAUCGGAUUACUCAACUGAUACCGAUAAACCUGAGCCCGAUGUUGAUGAUCUAUUACCACCAUUUUCAUAUGCACAUUUUGGUUCACUUGCUUAUGUUGGUAAUGCUGCUGUAGCUGAUUUUGGUACGGGAUGGACUUGGAUGGGAGGUAUGUCUGCUGUUUAUUUAUGGAGAAGUGUAUAUCUUAGUGAACAAGUUUCAUUUAGAACAAGAGCUUUACUUGCUCUAGAUUGGUCAAAGCGAUUUCUUUUUGGUAGAGAUAUUUCAAAAUUCUAAGCAAAUGUAAUAGUAAUAUUUAACAUUGUAUUUUGAUCUUUAAAUGGAAUAUUGGAAUGUAUACAGUUCUCAAAAAAAAGUGAUUUAUUUACAAAAGUACAAAAAAUAAAAAGCUAGUAAUUAG